AAGUUUCUUUGAAAAGUAAGUAAGAGUUUAUAUUAAAAAAUCAUCUCUUUAAUAAUUAGAUAUGAAAGUUAAUAGUCAGACAUAAAAAUGGAAGAAACGAUAGCAUUGAUUAAAUCAUGCAUAAUUUCGAAGAAAGGCGGUGUACCAAUUACAGAUCUAAAUGAUGAAUUUCAAAUUCUCGUCGGAGAAUAUAUUCCGUAUCGCAGAUUAGGAUUUUCGAGUCUCCGUGCAUUUUUACAAACUAUAGAUGGUUUGGAGACAAGUUGGAACGAUUUUGGUGAACAAACGUUAAGAAUAAAUGAUUCUAAGAUAUCUCAUAUCGACAGACUUAUACGCAAGCAAAAAAUGGAUUAUUCAAAGACGAGAAACAAAUACUAUAAACAGUUUAUGCGAAAUGGCAAUCUUAGACACGACAACGAUAACCGUAGAGAAAGGAACAGAUUAAUUUUUAAUUCCAAUCGAACCAAUAGACGGAAUCAAAAUUUUGCUCAACGUCGUAAUUUAAAUUUAUUUGGAACCAAUGGCGUUUAUAAAAAAGAUUUUUUACAUUCAGAAGAAGAAAAUCAUCAUCCGAUAGUAAUAGAAACAAAUCAAGUGAAAAAACAUGACAGCAUAUAUGAACCUAUUGCAAACGGGCAACAAUUACUCGGCGACGAUUUCUUUCUACAGCUUGCGAUACGAAAUUUACAUCUUCCUAUUUGGAGAUAUAAGGAUAGCUUAGCAUUACAUUGUGGAUUGUGUAUCUCCGGACAGACUAUUAGCGACUGUACUCGGGCUUUGAGAAAUAUUAAUACCAUUUCUAAUCGUGUCGUGAUUUUACUUGGUUCGGCUGAUGUUUAUAACAACGCCACUUGCGAGGAAAUGGUAUACGAUAUGACGGAACUCUUGCAAGUCCUCCGGUCUAAAUUUCAUCUUUCAAAUACAGCCAUCACUAUCUGUACUCUUCCACCUUUGGCUAACCUUAGCAUUUACGCUCAUAAGAAUCAAAGUAUGGCGUUGCUUUCCUUCAACAAUUGGAUAAGAUCUCUGACGGAUGAUCCGUCUAAAAGAGAUCCGUCUUUUAUCAACUAUUCUGUAAUAGAUUUAUACGAAAAAUUCUGCUUUGAUGAAACGUACGUCACAAACUACGAUUGGUAUCAAACCCAAGCGCGUAGAGUAUCCGGCACCAAACAUUCCUAUGUGCUGUGGAACAUGAAGGGACGAAAGCGAGCUAUAAGCCUCAUCUGCGAAGAGGAAGUCACAGAUCAAUCCAGAAGUCCCAGCUCGUUGUCGAUGCAAUGAGUUCUCUGGGAUCUUCUGUAUAUAUAAACGCCCUAUAAGAAAAGAAGCAGAACGAUACCAUAGAAGCCUUAUUCGUCGUUUACGACGAAGAACGCUUUAUUGAGGAACAUCUAUGUGUAUCCUCCUGCUUUCUUCGUAGAUGUGUGCCUAAAUAUCGCAAACAAGUCCUGAUUUAUGUUCGAGACUAUUCUGUCUAUUAAGAAAAAAAAAAAUUGUAUAACAUCAUCCGGAUCAAUCGUUUCAUUGUCUAAUGUCUAAUCGAGCAGCCGUUUCGCACGAGAAAUUAGUUCAACGAACAAUCGCCGGAUAUACGGUCCCUGCUUUACUAUAAAGUAACUAAGCAGGAAGAGGUAAUACAUAUGUUUUGUACACACAUGUGUACAAAUGUAGUUUAAAUAUCUCUGUUUUCAAAUAGACGCCAAGUUAAUCGGCAAAUUUAAUUUCGUUUAUUCACGUCUCAAGGAAAUUGUUAUUGACUCACAUCAGUCUUCUUUCAAUUUAAAUGAAGUAUUAAGAUAUCUCCUAUUCGCGAUUUAGAGUUUACCCGCUUCACGGCAUGGAAAUGAUUAAACAACAGUUCGAUAACAAGCUCGUGUUUAAGUAUUGAAAAAGUAUGGUGCAUUUUUAUAAUUAAAUGCGGGUAAUUUAAAAAUGACACGCAUACUUUCUUUUUAAAAUCUUAACUUUUCUUAGUAAAUGAAAUGUACGAGCGAAUUUUAAUCGCAUUCCUUGCCACGAGUUUAAGAUUCACUUUUCUGCGAUUACAUAGUU